AUGUCAACCAGCUGGUUCCUCCCCUUCGCCUUCAUGCUCCCCACCCUCCACGCCGCCAUCCUCCUCUCUACCACCAAACACAAACCCCCCAGACGCCUCACCUACCUCCCAACCCUGGCUGGCGCAAUCUACUGGCGCAUCUACCACCUCCCCCAGACCACCAUUCACCCCUUCGCCAAAUGCGCCACCGCCGUGCUCCUCCUCGUCAACGGCCUCCACUCCAUCAACCUCCUCUUCCUCCUCGACACCAUCCCCGAGUACACCCCCUUCCUCCCAGCAGUCAACCUCGUCCUCAACCUGCGCGGCAUCGGCACCCCCUGGCAAGCACGCCACCUCCCCCACUGGCCCGCCGCCUUCGCCCACCGACCCCCGUCCCGUCCCGCCUUUCUCGCCCGCCAAUGUGCCAUCUUCGCCUGGCAGUACCUCGCCGUCGACCUCAUCCUGACCCAGUCAGGUCGCGGCGUCGAUCCCACUGCGCCCCAUAAUCUCAAGUGGCUGUUCCUGGACCCGUCGUCCACUCGCUGGUUCCCCCGCUUGCUCUCCGCCCUCUGGACCCCGCUUAUUCUCCUCCGUCUCGUCAUUGAUGGGCCCUACCGCUUCUUUUCUAUCGUCUUCGUGGCUGCACGUCUCGUGCCCCCGGCGCAGUUUCCGCCCCUGUAUGGGAGUAUCUGGGAUGCGUGGUGUUUGAGGAAUGUUUGGGGAAAAUACUGGCACCAACUUUUCCAGCUCCCCCUCCGCAUCCCCAUCACAACCCUCAUCACCAACUCCCGCCCAAUCGCCAUAACUCUCAUCUUCCUCCUCUCCGGCCUCAUCCACCACUUCGCCUCUCCCGCCAUUGACACUCCAGCUACCUCCUCCUCAACCGCAGUCCCCUACUUCCUCGGCUUCGCCAUCGCCGUCAUCCUUGAAGUUGUUUUCUCCCGUCUCUUCUCCCGUCUCUCUCUCCCACCCAGUAUCACCUCAAUAAUCCCCCAAAAGCAAGCCUUCCACGCCAUCGGCUUCCUCUGGGUCGGAGCGUGGCUGGCUGCCUUGUCUCCGCUGUAUAUUGCCGACGUGGCGUCCUUCUUUGCGACCCAUCGGAUGGGAUUACCUGGUGAUGUGCUCCUGUCCUAA